ACAUUUUGUAGAAAUGGUGACAAGUCGCCAUAUCUUGUUUUUAUCUCUUGUGUUGCCCGGUAUUUGGGCUGGUAGUGUCAAACACCCCGUGAUAAGUCUAGACAUUGGAAGAAAGGACCCUUACAACAGUGACAAUCACGAGGUUAAAGUGGAAAAAUGUGAAAGAGACGGUCAAGUGUUCUACCAUCACGCCCUGGACAUGCCCUCGAAGCUCUCAGAAAUUACGGUAGAUGGACACUACAUUCAUGCUGAUCUAUUCCCCUUUAGAGACGAACUGGUUCUCUCCUCCCUGGUAUACUGGAGGUACAACAAGCCAGAUAUGCUGACUCUGAACCUGGAAAACUCCCAGGUGUUUCUGUGGAACAACGGGAACGGGAGACUGGUCCAGCAGGCAUCCACUCUUGAUGACUUUGGUGCCACCAAAAAGGGAGGCAGCAUCACAAUAGACAUUGCCAAGGACAAGAGGUACGUCACUAACGGCAACGUCAUUCAAGUUUUUACCGUGGAGAACGAGGACCUGAAGGGCUAUACGAUCUAUCGUCACACGGCUCGACCCUUUAUUGCUAGAAAGAUCGUGGAGGGAAGAAACGAAAUCGACAUUACUGUGGGCUCAGAACUGCUCAACAUUUACGUUUACAAGUGGAACAAAAUCCCUCUACUGCUGGAUUUCGAGUUGGUAACUGACCAGAAUGUGACCUUUGCGUACAUUGACAACAAGUGGACGCCUGUAAAGAUACCAAAACGCAAUGACCCCAAGAGGAGGUCGUACAUUGCAGAGCUAGUAGAAUACGUAGCUUGCAGAAUGGGUCGUAGUGUUUUUAUCGAUAUUGGAGUGAUAAGUCACAGGGGUAAAUACAGUGGAAAGUGCCGAUUUCCGAACAUGAAAACAGUAAAUGGUGCUACUAUAAAUACAGAAAUCACAUCACGCCACUAUUCAGAACUCAAGGGUUAUGUAGCUACGCUGCAUCUUACAUCAGCAGGCAAUUCAUUCCACCUCAAAUACGUCGUGCGUGGUAAAAACAACAUUGAUAUAGACAUACCAACGAAACCAAUAAGGGGUGUUAUGUUUCUCACUAGGGCAGAAUCAUCAGGAUUGCUCUCUAAAGUCUACGAUAUGUUUUCGACGGACUUCAAUGCAAACGUCAUUGUUAUGCUGACAAACGUUUUUGAAUACUUUAUAGAGGUAAAAGAGUUCCAAUACGUCAAGUUUGCAGAAUCCAACAAAGAACUCAAGACAGCAGAACAGCUUCAGUAUUUCAAGAACAAAAUAACCAUCUGGAAAGACGGAAAACGUGUUGGCACCCUUUCAGAGUUACAACAGUAA